UGUCCAGUAUUCAUAUUUUAACAUAAAUUCGAGCUUUAAACCCCCCAAACACGUAGUGGGACACUGACGCCGCUAUUCGGAAGCCUAAGGUAUAGGAAAAAGCGCCAUUGUUCAACAGUGUCAUUUUAUGCAUACAACUGUUUUUGACUCCGGACUAAUUAUACACCACAAAACACGCCGGUGUCAGUGGUCAAGCUCAGUCCACCUUCGUACUGGCCAGCCGACAGCGUGCGUGACCGGCUCGCUUGGUUUUCUUGAACACAAAUCACCACCAAAGGAGAAUUUGCAGCACAUUUCUCGUCCAGCAUGGGUACUGUGGUAGACCCCGCCUUCAGGAAUGUCCCUAAGGAUGAGCCGUGCCUCAGGAUAUGGCGGAUAGAGAAAUUGAAAGUGGUGGCUAUCUCAGAGAAAGAAUAUGGCAACUUCUUCACCGGUGAUUCCUACAUUGUAUAUCAGUCCAAGCUUGUCCAGGGUCGUAUUGAGAUGCACAUUCACUUCUGGCUGGGUGAGGAGAGCACGCAGGAUGAGAUGGGCGUGGCAGCUUACAAGUCCGUGGAACUGGACGAUAGUCUAGGUGGCGCUCCUAUCCAACACAGGGAAACCCAGGGAAAUGAAUCCAAACAGUUUCUAGAAAUAUUCCGUCAGAAGGGUGGUGUGAGGUAUAAACAAGGGGGCGUGGCUUCCGGUUUCAAUCACGUGGACAAGACGUUCAAACCAUAUCUACUGCAGAUCAAAGGCAAACGUACAGCCAGGGUGAAGGAGCGCAACAUUAGCUGGGACUCCAUGAAUGAAGGCGACGUCUUCAUCCUGGACGUCGGCACCGUGUUGUUUGUAUGGACUGGCAGAGAUUCCAAUAGGUUCGAGAAAAUUAAGGGCAUGGAGGUGGCCCGGCAGCUGCGUGAUGAGAGAGGGAAAGGGGACAUCGUGGCAGUAGCAGACGGCGAGGAGGAGAAACUGAAUUUUGAAUGGCUCAAAGUAUUUGAGAAGCAUCUUCCACUUGACAAAAAACAGGUGAAAUCUGCCGCAGAGGGUGGAGCAGACGAGGUCCAUGAGAGAGCGUCCAUGACCAAAAUAAAGCUGUAUCUAGUAAAAGAAGAAAAUGACCAACUGAAUAUCAAAGAACUAAAGGAGGGACCCCUGGUGAAGAGCGAUUUAGACCCAGAUGAUUCCUUCAUCGUGGACAAUGGCGAGGCCGGUAUCUGGGUGUGGAACGGUAAACAGUCCUCCAAGAGGGAACGAUCAGAGGCCAUGACCAACGCCAUGGCUUUCAUCACUGAGAAGAAAUAUCCACAAAGCACUCGCGUCACCCGCGUUGUAGAAGGAGGCGAGCCAGUCAUGUUUAAACAGCUGUUUAAGUCGUGGCCGGAACCCCAGGCAGACUUAAAGAGUACCACUGUCAUAAAUCAAAUAGCUAAAAUAGAACAGACCAAAUUUGACGCCUCCAGUCUGCACAAUGGUAAGAAGAAGGAGACAAGAGACAAGAGUAUGGUGGACGACGGCUCGGGGAAAGUGGAGGUAUGGCGUAUCGAAGGAAACGACAUGGUGGCAGUGCCGAAUUCUCAGCUGGGACGCUUCUUCGGAGGUGACUGUUACGUCAUUCUCUAUACGUACGGCGACGAGAAACACAUUAUAUAUUUCUGGCUGGGUAAUAAAUCAGCGCUAGCCGAGCAGGGGGCCUCUGCCAUCCGUUCAGUCCACCUGGACGACAAAUUUGGCGGUGAACCGGUGCAGGUGCGAGUUGUGCAGGGGAAGGAGCCGCCACACUUCAUGGCCGUGUUCAAGGGCAAGAUUAUCAUUUUCGAGGGUGGCUCUGCCCGAGAAGUAGGGGACUAUAACAAGGUAGCCCCGGGAAGUUCCUUCCUGCUACAAGUGCGCAGCACUAACGAGGACAAUGUGAAAGCCGUAGAAGUACCUUGCAGAGCCGCAUCACUUAAUUCAAAUGAUGUAUUCAUACUUUACAAAAAUGAAUCCCUGAUCCUCUGGUGUGGACGAGGUAGCAAUGCUAGCGAAAACAGAGUCGCAAAACAGAUUGCUCGGUCGCUUACAUCAAAACCACCAACAAUACUGAACGAAGGCAAUGAAAGUGAUGUUUUCUGGAAGGCAGUGGGUGGAAGAGAGAGCUACGCAAGCGACAGGAGGUUACAGGAGGAGGCUCCUCCCAGAGAGCCGCGUCUAUUCCAGUGUUCCAACGCCUCAGGGAAGUUCCUGGUGGAGGACAUCCCAGAUUUUAUUCAGCAAGAUUUAGUCCCAGAUGAUGUGAUGAUUUUGGACACCUUCGACACCAUCUUUAUUUGGAUUGGGGAAGGCGCCAAUAAACAGGAAAAAGAACUGGCCAUGCAAACAGCUGUGGAAUAUAUAAAGACAGACCCCGCGGGUCGCGACCCUGACACGCCGAUUGCUAUGGUGAAACAAGGCUUUGAGCCGCCGAACUUCACCGGGUUCUUUGGAGUGUGGGAUAGACAGUAUUGGAGUAAAGGAAAGACGUUUGAAGAGAUGAAGGAAGAGCUUGGCGAGAGCAGUGUAGAAGUAGAGAUUGUUGACAAGGCUAAGAUUGGAGUAGAAGCCAGUUUCUCAAAUGUACAAAAGUAUGCCGCUGAUAUUCUUAGGCGAAAGCCUGAUAUGGGACUUCCGGCGGAUGUUGACCCAUUGCACAAAGAGAUGCAUCUCGUCCCAGAGGAGUUUAAGUUGUUGUUUGGAAUGACCUAUGAAGAGUUUCAGAAGCUUCCAAAAUGGAAACAGUUGGCUUUUAAAAAGAAAACGGAUCUUUUCUAAGACUUAGAUAUUCCAGCAAACGAAGACAUCACCUUUCUGUUGAUUCCAAAAUGGAUAUAUCCGACUUACUUUUAACAGUAUUGACUAAAGGAAUAUAAGGAGCAUGAUAUGCUUGUGAUAUUACUAUCUACUUGUCACAAAAUGAUUGCGAUGACUCCGUUAAAAUGAAUACCGUCAUCUCACCAACUUGCUGAACUUAAAUGAGCAGGCUGCGUUGCGUUUCUUUCAAAGCAGUUGGACAUUGUUUUAUUUAUAAAAUUUGCCUCAGAUUGUAGCGCCGUCUUGGUAGGACUGCUAUAAAAGCGGCGUAUGUCUUUUUUUAACUUGUACAAUACUCAACGGCCAACUUUGCCAAUACAUACGCCUUACUUGUAGAAAGAAAGGAAAUCGACGUGAUAUUUGAAGGGACAACUUUUACUGUUCUUUUACUAGACUUUCCUCAAGGUAUUGAUUAUAUAUUUAGUUUAGGUAAAAAUAAUAGUGAAUGGUAAUUUCCGAAGAGAAAGAUUCAAUUAUUGAUCCAUAUACUAUAAACGAUCAUGUGCUGUUAAUAAUGUGUUCUGACAGGUAGUUUUGCUAAAUUUAACCAGAAGUGAAUCUCAGAUUAUCACUACCUACAGAUUUACUGCAUCUCAGUGUAAUGAGGAGAGAAAUUAAAACCUUUUCUGUUUUAGUAAUGGAGAAGCAUGAUUUACGUUAGUUGUAUUAGUUUAGGUAUAAUGUAGUUAUAGAUAUCAUUAUUGACAGACUGGCUGUAUUUUAAGUGAAUGGUGCAUUUACACGUUAUUAAAAGUAUUGUACAAAAGAAAAUAUUUAUAUGCAUAAAACAACUGCCCUUUUAUGUGAAAGGAAAUAAAAAAGCAUAGAAAAAAAGCUGUUCAAGCUCCAUCUUCA